AUGCCUAUAGACGACCCUUCUUCCUCACGAAAGCUUCUCAUUUUAGACUUAAAUGGCACUUUGCUAUAUAGAGAAGGGAGACCCCAAGGUCCACGCAGAUACCGGCGUGACAGAGCCAACGGCUCUUCAGAACCUCAGCCCCGGGUCGUACAUCCCCGUCCUUACAUGGGAUCAUUCAGGCAGUACCUAUUUCAUCCCAAGACGCUAGAAUGGUUGGACACCAUGGUUUGGAGUUCAGCGCAACCAUUCAAUGUUAACCAUAUGGUGGAUCAGUGCUUCAAGGAGGAGAAGGAUAAGUUGGUUGCUGUGUGGGCUCGAGAUACGCUUGGAUUGACAAGUUUACAAUAUCACCAGAAAACGCAGACAACCAAGGACCUCGCCAAGCCAUGGGCUGCGCUUUCGCUGUUGCCAGACGAAAAUGAACAAGCUUCUGCACUAUCAAGCAGCGAAGAUGGACCGUCUCAUUCAACCGACUGGCCAGCGCCUAUAACUGAACCAUCCCCUUCCGCACACGCACACUCCGCCCUCACUACCCUCCUUCUCGACGAUUCUCCGCUUAAAGCUCAACUUCAACCGUGGAACCAUUUCUGUGUACCCGAGUACACCGCCCAAAUCCGAGGCCGAGACCUCUCUACCCGGCAGCACGAAAGAGACAAGCCCCCUUCUGACAUUCAGGAUGCUGGAGCUGUCGUUUCUCAGAAAAAGCGGAAAAAGUCAAAGAAGGCCCUCGGCUAUGAUCAGAUCUUGUUGGCUGUUAUCGGCGUGCUCGAUACAAUAAAGGGGGAGAGUAAUGUUUCUGGAUGGAUGCGACAAACUGGCCUAUGGAGUGGUGUGCGUGAGGAGGAGGAAGAGAAGCCAAUGUUAACGCGGGAGGAAACAGCCGAUGAAGAGGUCGAAAAAUCAGGGACAAGAAAACGUAGGCGGAUUAGUGACAACGUCGAGCUCGAUGGCGAAAAAUCUCGUUCUUUUGACUCUGGCACGCCUGACUACUCCUCACCCACCGUUGAAGCGACAUCAAUAUCUCCCGAGGACUCUUCAGUAGCAAAUGCUCAUAAUAAUACUUCUCCCUCUUCAUCGCUUCUACGAGCGCAAUCCCCAGUGCGUGAUUUGGUUGUAGAAACAAACCAACCUUCCAGUUUGUCACAACUUACUCCGGAAGAUGGUUCUCCCACAACACCGAAAAGGAAGGAAUCGAGUUCAUCACAACCCCCAUCGUCUCCUCCGCUUGUGCCCUCGUCUCAAACUACAGAGCAUGACUUGUCAUGUUCUUCACCUGGGCUUGAACCAGUUGUGCUCCCAGAUCUGGACGGUCACUCGGAAGAUAAUUCUAUUUUUGUGUCGCCACAACCGCCAGACAAUCAGCACGUUGAUCCUUCAUCCCCUUCUCCCCUAGCCGUGAAAGAUAAAUUGUGGUUCGAAAACGAAGCUUUAGUCUCUCACUGGGCUAAGCUUGGUCUAGAAGCGUUGGCAGCUCUCGGUAUACCUGCUGAAGCCGGUAUAUGA